GGCCGUCGCUCUACUGCAGGAAGCAGUGCACCAACGUGAUGGUGACGCGGAACAUGUUGAUGACCACCUUCGCCAAGACGGUGGUCUUCGGCCUGGCUGACUGCUUCGAGCCUGAGAACAUCUUCUCAGCGUACAAAGUCGGAUUUGAGAGCUGUCUCAACACGAUACGGCAAAAGUACGCCGAGAAACACGGGCGUGAGGUGAUCUGCGUGAUCAUCGGUAAGCCGGACAAGCCAGACAGCCCGAGCAUCAUCACCGCCGCCCGACAGUUUGGCAUGCCGUACUUCCCCAUCAAUUCGGACAAAGAUCUCCUCGCACUGAAGUUCUUCCUUCAGUGCGGCUACAUGUAGGCUGCUGUGGAACCGACGGGUGAACAUUGAGGCGCCUUGCUGGCUGGAUCUGCGCUCCGCCGGCGCCCCGGCCGCCUGUGACUCGCGUGGACCCGUGGCCCGUGUAGUCCGGUGUUGAAGCGCAGUGGACUCGGUGGCCUCUGUCCACAAAACUGGCGCUGGCUCCUGGAGGCCGCCGGGGCCCGCUGUCGGCCUUCGACUGCGCAUGCGCUCGGCUGGGGAGGCCCCAUCCGGAGCCCGCCCGCCGCAGGACCACGGACUGUGGCGUGUCCGUCGUCCCCGUCCCCGGCUGGUCCCGUUGCGGAGGACCGCCCGUGGGCAGCUGGUCCGUGUGGUCCGGCGGAGGUGGUCCCCGCAUGGAGGGCCGGAGCGGGGUGCCGGGCGCCGCCUGGAGAGCUGGAGGGGUGUGUCGGGCGCCGCCUGGAGAACCGGAGCGGGGUGUCGAGCACCGCAUGGAGAGCCGGAGCGGGGUGUCGGACGCCGCCUGGAGAGCUGGA